AGUCUGGAAAGGACAGAGAAGAAGCCGUCUUCCCCGUCAUAGUCUAGAGCAGUGCGAUCCAGACUCCAUUUGCUAUAAAUGACUGAGAGGAAAAUCCUGCUUUAUUUUAGAAGUUCGGAUGCUUUAAGAGACAUUUUUAGAAGUGUGUUUUGAAACGCAGUUUUGAAACUUUGCCUGCAGCGUUUGCAGGCCAGAUAUAACUUCCGCUUCUCGCUUUCUCAUCAAACCCCCUCCUCUGAAGGCCGCAAUGAAAGCAUCCAUGUCUCUAGCAAGGACUCGGCGUCAGAUAAGCCAGGUGAGCCGGACAGAGCUGGAAGACGGGUUUCUGCGGCUUCAUGACGAGAACCUGCUGCUCAAGGAGUUUGCCCGGAAGCAGGAGGACAGGAUCAAGAGGAUGGGCACCAAACUGUCCAGACUCAACCACGAGAGAGCCCAAGCUGACGGGAAACCCGGGAUCUCGGGGCGAAGCUCUGGCCGGAACCUGGACCUGGAAGAGGACUUGGAGGACACGCAGGAGCGGGUACGGGAACUCGAGAGGCGCAACGAAGGCCUCCGGAGCCACCUGUACUUCUACAAGCAGCAGCUGAAGCUGAAGAGCUGCGGCCGCCACUGCCCCUACGCCUACGUCCCUCCCAGGGUCAACACAGGACUCAAGCAAGGGCGCACGACCCCCAGGACAGCGCCCGAGAGAUUAUGCAAAGGAAUGCGAGUGCAAGGACCAGAAGUCCAGCCAAUCCACACUGCCCCUCCCAGAUAUGGGGACCAUGAACCAGAGGGAUCCCAAGUAGAGACACUAGGACACAGCUUGGUGCUGGCUGAGCUGGAAAUGGACCCUGAAGCGCCGAGUUCUGCACAAGGCAGAGAGACUGAUCCAGAAAGUCAGUCCCAGCAGCGGCAUCAUGAAGCCCACACACGCCGAGCCGCCAUCCAGGACAAUGUGGAGCUGAUCCGUCUCCAGAAGCUGCUAAAGGCGAAGAAUUCAGAACUGGUGACAGCUAGAGCCCAGUUGGCCGGCCUACAGGAGACUUAUGAGACUCACCUCCACCAGAACCAAGAGUCCCUGAGGACAACCAGCGAAGCCUUGCUAGCUCAGGUUGAAGAGCUGAGCAGCAGACUCAAGGAAGAGACCCAGAAGGUGUUGGUCCUGGAGGGCCAGCUGGAGAGCCUUUUGCCCUUGCAGGGAACACUGGAGGAGUUUCAGGAAAGAGUCCAGGACCUGCAGAAGGAACGAGACUUGCUGAAGGAAGAUUAUGACAAACUGCUAGAGAGCUGCAUCAACGCUGCCCGGCAAAACGUGAACGAGGCGCCCCAGAGGGAAAACAGCCCUCCUUUGGAAGAACAGCUCAGCUGGGUGAUGAUGGAGAAGAAACAGCUGCAGGAACAUCUGGAAGAGGAAAGAGCUCGGAACAAGGAGCUGAAGGAGGAGGUAACGCAGCUGCUGGAGCGGGCCCAGAACACCAAGGACGAUCAGGAGGUUGUCUCCUCACACGAGAAGGCGGCCAUCUUGGAAAACCAAAGUGUGGCCAUCUUGGAAAACCAAACCCCUCCUGCCCAGGCCCCGCACACGGAGCUUCUGCCGAGAGAGACAGCACAGCAGGAGGAGGCCCAAGUUCAGCUAAAGCGCAGGCUCCACGAAACAGAGGCGGCCCAUGCGGAGACGAUACUGGAGUUGGAGAAGACGCGGGACAUGCUGAUCUUGCAACACCGCAUCAACCGCGACUACCAGGGGGAGCUGGAUGCCGUGAUGCUGCGAGCGGAGCAGGAGAGAAAGACUCACGAGGAGAAGGAGCAGCGCAUGGCUCGACUCCUGGACCUGCGCAGCGCUCGCGUCCGCCAACUCGAGGGACAGUUGAAGGAUGUUGCCUACGGGACCAGAACACUUUCAUUUCUACCCAACGAGGGCGACGCUGCCACAGAGCCCGACCCUGACGGGAUGAGCCCACGCCUGCGACGUGGCGAGAACCUCUUUGAGCUCCACGUCUCCGGCGGGGUGCUGUCGGACAAGUUGCUCCGCCUGCUGGGGGACCCAGAGCCCACCACCUUUUGCACUUAUGACUUUUACGACUUCGAGACCCACUGCUCGCCCUUAGCACAUGGUCCUCGGCCCCGGUACAACUUCACCUCCCAGUACGUGGUAGGGGCGGAGCCUUCGUUCCUGCAGUACGUGCAAAGGGCUGCCGUCCGCCUCGACCUCCGCCUCGCUUCUGCCGUUGAUCACACCGUUCUGGCCGUCGGCUGGUUACGCUUCGGAGAAGCGCUGGGGAGCGGGGAACAGGUGCAUGCCACGGCUGCACUACAUGGUCCCAACGGUGAGGACUAUGGCCUUCUGGAGUACUGGGUGAGGCUUCGCUUCCCGAUGGAGCAGAUCCUGAGGCAGCACUGCCAGAGAACCAAAGCCUUGGGCUACCUGUCUCCAGGAGUUCCACAGGCUCCUGUCUCCCAAGACGGGGUGCUGGGCCCAGGGUGGAAUGAGCUCACCAUUCGGAUUGAAAGCUGCGCCGGCCUGCGCAGCCGCUGGAUCGGCUCCCAGCCCAGCCCAUACACCAUGUACCAGUUCUUCACCUUCCCGGAUCACGACACCGUCAUCGUUCCAUUCAGCAACAACCCUCACUUUGGAGACGUGCGCUCUUUCCCUGUACGGGUCACGCUAGAGCUUCAACAUUACUUGCGCCGGGAGAGCUUGUGGGUGUACGUGUUUGACGAUGAAGACACGGAGCAGGGGAAUUACUUGGGCCAAGCCCAGAUCCCGCUAUUGCCAUUAGCGCAUGGACGCACUAUCGCAGGCGACUUCGUGCUCACAGACCCAUCCGCGAAUCCCAACGGGUCCGUCAGCCUGAGCCUGGAGUGGCGGCUUCUUUACGAACCCCCAGAGGAUUCCCUCCAGCCGGCGUCCUCGGACCGGUCUUUGGAGCUGCAAAUCGAGAAGGAGCAAGCCACGUUGCAGAGCCAGCGCCAGAGGAAGAAGCCACGUCUCGGCCCGUCGGAGCCUGACAGACAUCGUCAGAAACCUGCCGAACUAGAAGAUGGAAGCAGGGGACAAGCCCGACUGAGUUCAGCGCCAGAGCAAAGAAGACACGCAAGAAAGGAGGCAGUGGAUAGCACCAUCCAGGAGCAGGGGGCACUGGAAAAGCUUAAAGAGGAAGAAGAAGAAACGCCAGCUGUUGCAGAGGAGGGCUGGCCGACAGGACGCCAAGAUUCAGAGGCCGAGUCACGCGUAUCCACAAAGACAGCCAUGGCGGAGGACACGGCCUCUGAAGAACCGGACAGUACCAGCGAUGCGCCAACAACAGAGAGCGACGAAGUGGUGAUUUUAACCCCUGCGCCGCCGGAGCCUCCAGACCUGCUUUUAGACAGAAUUCGUGUGGAGGUGGUAUCUCUGAGCUUACACCCAGACAGCGAACCGGUUUCUAACGAGGCCAUCCAGCAACUCUAUGUGGAGUACCGAUUCCCGGGACUGCCACUGGCCGAAACGGAGACCCCCUUCUCAUUACGGAAGCCCCUCGGAGGCCAGGAGAUCUACUUCCACUUCAGCAAGGUUAUUAAACUGGAUCCAGACCCAGCCAGCAUUCAAAGGCAGCUGAUGUUUGCCAUGCUGGCGGCGGAGGAACCACAACAUAGCCAGCUGCAGUUCGUAGUGGUGAGCGAACCUCUGCCCGGGACUGGCGGAGAGUGUGAAGACGUGGGCUAUGCCUAUCUGGAUCUGCGGGAGAUCCUUCUGACAGGAAGUGAUGCGAUGGCACGGAACCUGCAGGUUGUCAGUCCCCUUGACCCCAACACCAGCAUCGGCCAGCUGAAAGUCUCCGUGGAAGCGGCGGGCGCUCUGCGACUCGUCUAUUGGGCAGGCAAAAGAGCAAGCGACCGGGGUGUGUGAGAAGCACCGAACCAAACGGGGGGGGGG